AUGGAUGUUACCGGCACUAUGGAACCUGCAGUCCGGCUAAGUCUCCGUGACAGGCACUUUCGAGUCCGGGUCUUGAAGCCCAUCCUACGUGCGUACGCAUUGGGAUAUUUGUCAUCGGUCACACCCAAGCUCGUCACCUAUGUCCGACGGCUCAGAAGUCAGGACUGGUCCAUCAGACAAAAGAUUCAAGAGCUUGCUUGUGUUCUCGCCCGGCCUCUGCGGGUGAACAGCUUCCCAACGUUCUGUGCAGCCCUCAUUGGUGGAUCAACCUUGUUCCCGGUGUUGCUCUAUAGAAUCUAUGCAUCGAUCGCAGCUAGCCUAUCUCAAGGUGACAUCCGAAUUUCUCAAAGGGCAAAUCGACUGAUUCAAUUCGUCACUGCCUUCCUAUCAGCACUGAUCAGUUUCGAACUUUUGAACAAGAACCGCACUAUCUCACGACGAGAUGCCAGAGCCAGAAGACUCUCAUCGGUGCAAGAUGAGCCCGGCAAAGAUCUGGUCGAUGCCCUCGAGCGCCCGCACCCGGAGUUGGUGGGACGGACGAUGGAUCUCACAAUUUUCACCGUCACGAGAGCCGUGGACGUGGUAGCCUGCAUGGCUUGGAGCCACUGGGCUCGCCGUCGCAAAGCCCAGAACCGCUGGACCAUCGUAGAGUCCUACGUCCCCGGCCUGGCUGACGCUGGAGUCUUUGCAAUGAGUGCAGCAGUGGUCAUGUGGGCAUGGUUUUAUCUCCCCGAGAGAUUACCCCGAACAUACGAGAAGUGGAUUGGGGAAGUUGCCAAGGUCGACCCACGGCUGAUCGAGGCCCUCCGUCGUGUUCGUCGGGGGAAUUUCGUGUAUGGAAAGGACACCGGGCAAGCGCCUCUUUUGGAAUCCAUGUGCAGGGACUUUGGCUGGCCUGAGGUAUGGGGCGACCCUUCAAAGACCAUCCCAAUUCCAUGCGAAAUGGUGCACAUGGGCUGCGGCCCUAAUUGCGAGAUACACGCGGUGUCUCGGUUUGCCAGAACCUUUAAGAUUGCCUGUGCAACCUACAUACCACUGCAGAUCGUUUUGCGCCUGCGGAAAAUGAGGGAUCCGGCCGUAUUACGCCGGGCCGUCUCCGAGGGUGCUCAGUCAUCUGCCUUCCUUGCGACUUUUGUCAGUCUAUUCUACUACGCUGUCUGCUUGGCCCGGACACGCAUUGGACCCAAGGUCUUCGAUCAAAAGACAAUCACGCCGCUAAUGUGGGACUCUGGUCUCUCUGUGGGAGCCGGAUGUCUCAUGUGUGGAUGGAGUGUAUUGGUCGAACAAGCACGGAAGAGACAGGAGUUGGCGCUAUUUGUGGCACCCCGGGCGGCAGCCACGGUGUUGCCACGAUUGUAUGAAAAAAAGGGCUGCGGAUACCUUCAAUCUCCGGGAUCUGAAGUGGUCCGAUUCCUCUGCAAAUCCCAGAACCAUGAUUUCCAGGAUGGUUCCCUCAUGGGGGCGCUGUACAGUAACGGGGAGCAUACCUCAAAGUUCAUUCUACCUCCGAAGGGGGUUCUCGACGCAGAGAAGAGGUUCUUCUCAAGGAAUUCAUUCCUACACCAGAAGCAACAUGCCUCCGCGGCACCCUUCAACACACCCCAAUCGCAACAGCGCAAUACCUCUACGAUGUACUAUACAAUCAGUAUGAUCCUCGGAACCGUUGCACUUGCCUAUGGCUCCGUACCUUUGUACAAAAUGAUCUGCCAGCAGACCGGCUGGGGCGGCCAGCCAAUUCUCACCCACCGAGUCGGCGACGGCGAUACGGCUUCGCGCGUAACCCCAGUCACCGACUCCCGACGCCUCCGUAUUACCUUCAACGGAUCCGUUUCCGAUGUGCUCCCCUGGAAGUUCACACCGCAACAACGAGAGGUCCGAGUUCUGCCUGGUGAGACGGCCCUGGCUUUCUACACUGCGACCAACAAGGGUCCCCAGGAUAUCAUCGGAGUCGCAACGUAUAGCGUGACCCCGGGCCAGGUGGCACCAUACUUUAGCAAGAUUCAGUGCUUCUGUUUCGAGGAGCAGAAGCUGAAUGCGGGCGAGUCGGUGGACAUGCCUGUCUUCUUCUACAUUGAUCCCGAUUUUGCAACGGAUCCGAAUAUGAAGGGCAUUGAUACGAUCACGUUAUCUUAUACAUUCUUCAAGGCGAAAUACGAUGACAAUGGGGUUCUGAAGCCUAUUCAGUCCUGA